CAUCCAUCGCUAAGUUACUCAACUUUACGGAUCUUUCAAACUCGCGCCGUUUUUCAACCAGACACGUUGAAUCAAGAGGAACGCAGUAAUCGAGGGUAGUGAUCAGAGUUUUUCGAGCUAUACGCGCGUUCAGUUCCCUAGCAGAAUUAUUCUCUACACAGGAGUGUGAGAAAAGAAGACAUAAUCCUUAGUAGAAGAACUUCAAUCAAGUCUUGGGCAAUUUGGGACGCAAUCAGAACAUGAUGAUGCUCUCAUGCGGACUUGGGUUAUCCAGUUGUUAACAAGUUUCUGAUAAUUCCGCAUUUUUGGACGAUGUUCAGUCAGGGUGCACGCCGUUUCACUGGUGGCGUGUUGCUCGCCGCAUUGCUAGCUCUAAUCACCGAGAGGUCCACGGCGGAGCCAACUUGCUCAGUUCCAAUGUUUCGUGGCGCGCCCGCGAACUCUACAAUACAAGCGGCAGGAACGGACGUCAAACUUGUUUGUCAGGUUCUGGAUCAGAAAGACGUCUUCACGGAUUACAUUUGGUACAAGGAUGGCAAGAAGAUGAGCGUCAGUCACAGCUCGCGCAUGCGCAUCAAAAGGCUAAGAUACCUUAAGAUAAAGAAUCUGGACAAAGAAGACAGUGGACGGUAUACCUGUGUUGCUAAGAGGCCGUGUGGUGAAAUAUCCGCCAACAUCACACUUACUGUAGAUUCCCCAACCUUGCAUCCCGGGAAUCAAACCAGAGCUCCCCCGACGUUCACGGUCAGCAAGUUGAAACGCGAAAAGACCCUGAUAGCAAUGCCUGUUGGAAACUCCCUAAAACUCGACUGCUCCGCCGACGGUAAGCCUCGUCCCACCGUGGUUUGGCUGAAGAAUGGCAAGCCUUUCUUAAAACGUGACGGGGUUGAGCUGUCCCUUCGUCCUUACCAGUAUGUGCUUAGCAUGAGAGAUGCAGUUCCCAGUGACGAUGGCCGCUACACGUGUAAUGUAUCAAAUGCACUUGGAUGGAUAAACCACACUUACACAGUUGACGUCAGAGAGCGGGUUCGCGCCAAGCCUGUCCUGCAGCCUAUCGCUAAUGUGACGGUAUUGUCCGGUGAAAAUGCCACAUUGGAGUGUAAAGCGAUGAGUGACUCGAUGCCGCAUUUCCAGUGGAUACGGUGGUUCACGGCACGCGUCAAUGGCUCUUCCAAUGAAACCACCCUUCGCUUCGAAGUCGUGAAACAAACUCCACAUUCCGACCACAUCCUUAGGCCUAAAAGUGAGCACAGAUUCGCGUUUCACGGAGUCAAGCUCACGUUGUUUAACGUGUCAAAGGAGGACGAGGGAAAAUAUACUUGCCUUGUUGGUAAUGCUGUCGGUUACAACGCUGAAAAUGGAUAUCUGAUUGUCAAAGAUCAAUUCUCAACCACAUCCACUGUGAUAGACACUCAGGCAGAGCUGACAAUAACUCCGCACAUGAUAGAGGCGACCAGGCCAAGGAACGACGGAGUCACCAAAAAGAUCGUCAUCAUAGUAGUCGUCGUAUCCGUCAUCGCGCUCGUCAUCUUCAUCUUCAUCGCUUACGGGUGCUACGUCAAGCACAAGAUGGGUCCCAAAACCAAACAGAACAUUCAAUACACCACCGCUAACAUAGAACCGGCUUCCCCAUUCCAAAGAAACCACUCUAUGAGAACAAGCACCUCGUCUUACGGAUCCACCGUUCCACUGUUAGCCCGAGAACGGAGCAUGCGGUCUCGACUCGGCUCCAAUCUAUCGCAGGUCUCCGAGAUCGAGCUUCCUUUGGAUGAGGAAUGGGAACUAGACAGGAGUCAGAUUAGUCUUUUAGGAAUACUCGGAGAGGGUGCGUUCGGCCGGGUGGUAAAGGCAGACGCUAUUGGCCUCCCCAAUAUGCCUUAUCGGUGCAACGUCGCAGUCAAAAUGUUAAAAGAGGAUGCCACCGAGCACGAAUUAGCAGACUUAGUUUCAGAGAUGGAAGUUAUGAAAACUAUAGGACAACAUGUCAAUAUUAUCAACCUCAUUGGUGCCUGUACGCAAAAGGGGCCAUUAUUUGUGGUCGUUGAGUACGCCAGCCAAGGCAAUCUUCGGCAGUUUCUCCGGGCGAGGAGACCCAUUCCCGAAUACGCCAAUCCUUUGACAGAGCCCCCACGAGAGAAACUCAAGCUAGUCGAUUUGGUGUCGUUCUCCUACCAAGUAGCACGGGGCAUGGAAUAUCUUGAAUCUAAAAAGUGCAUCCAUCGGGAUCUCGCCGCUAGAAAUGUGCUGGUUUCAGAUAACCACGUGAUCAAGAUAGCGGACUUCGGAUUGGCCCGUGACAUUCAUGACAUUGACUAUUACAGAAAAACAACGGACGGCCGCUUACCUGUAAAGUGGAUGGCGCUGGAAGCCUUAUUCGAUCGCGUCUACACAGCACAAAGCGACGUGUGGGCAUAUGGAAUUCUGAUGUGGGAAAUAGUAACCUUUGGUGGAUCCCCGUAUCCCGGCAUUCCUCUGUGGAAGCUUUUUGAGCUGCUUAAAGAGGGCUAUCGUAUGGAACAACCAGUCAAUUGUCAGGACGACGUGUAUGCUCUUAUGCUGCGAUGUUGGCAUGAGAACCCCAACCAACGCCCGACAUUCGCUGAAAUCGUCAAGGAAAUGGACGCGAAACUGACAGCGCUUUCUGAACAGGAAUACCUCGAUCUGACGUCCCCGCUGUCCAAUCCGGUGGCUCCAAUAGAGACGCCUCCUUCUUCCGAAUCUAGUCCGACCCCUCGUGAAUCUCUAAGUUCUAGUGUAUUCGAGAGUACUGACAAUAUUUGGACGAGUAUGAACAAUCACGAGCCCAAGCACGGCCCGCACUGUAGAGGAUCUCAUACUACAAACGUUGAUACCAAUGAAGUGACUUAUAGUUGUUCAUGUAGGGAAAAUACGGAUCAGAGGGACUCUGGAGUUGGACUUGAAGGGUCCUCGCGAGAGGUAGUUAUAGAGGGGAAAAAGUCCGUUUAUUUUCGACCAGCGUUACAAAGUGAUGUAUAACACAUGGUGCUGAGGACUAGACGUCUCUCAGAAGGCUGGAAAAUAACGGAGAAUCGCCAACCGCAAGAUCGCUGUCUCUUCACAGUCACGUGUAUUGAAGGAUGAAUGACUCCCGCGCAUUCGUAGGGGAUACCCGAUCUAGUAACCAUUGCGGAGAUUCUAUGGAGAACCAGACGUCAUUUCUAUAUUGAAAUGCCAGGUGAAAACAGUACUCUAAAAUGAGUGCCAGUAAAUGAAGCAAAGUAUAUACUGAAUAACAAUAACAGACAUUCAAGCUAUUGCAGCCGUUAACAAAGGAAGUCAGCACUACUGCAGAAUUCAGCUGUAAAGGCUUUUUGCCUAGUGAAAAUCGCCCCUCCUCCAAUCAUUGAUUACACUAUUUUGACAGAUAACUGUGAUUAAAUGCAGCACGAUAAGAGGAUUGGACUAUGCACUAUGGAGCUAGCUUUUGUUAAAUUCGCUGUACACAUCAAAUAUAGGAUUCCCAAUUAGCAAUCCUCUACAAUUUAAAUGCAAGUCCACAUCGUUAUAAUCAUGAAAAGAUGGUGCCGCGCCUAGCAAAACGAAUGGAAUAAACCGUCUUUGAUAUAAAAUAUUCCCGAAAUGUAAACUGGUGCACCACACUCAGCUAGAUAGGAAAACAAGAUCGUGUCCAAAAUAUCCUAACAAGAUACCGUGAACCCUUGAAAAUAAACGGCACAAGGCGCGGCGCCAUUAUUUCCGUAAACGUCAAUGUGUUCUUGUAGAAGUGUAAUGUUGCGGUAUCCGCAAUCAGAGAUAUCUAUUAAAUAUUAUAUUUGUAUAGGCAAAGAGCAUAUUAUUUCAACUAUGGGCUAGACAUUUGACGAUGAAUAAAGGGGUGUAGAAAAAUAAUAAAUGAUUAGGGGAUCAAAAUUGAUCCCAUAAAUAUAUUAAAGAACAAACAAUACUAUUAUUUCGGUAGACGGUCGUAAAUAAUAAUAAAAAAAACUGCCAACCUGC